AUGUUCGCCCUGCCGUCGGGCUACGUGGCCGCGCAAGAAGCGGGAAAAACGUUCGCCGCCGACUACUACGGCCGGCUGAACGCGUCCGCCGAAUCGGUGGUCGACAUGUUCAGCCAGCGGUCGCGGUACUACUCGAUGGACUCGUUGAACGGUCGGCCGGCGGUCGGUCGGUCCGACAUCGUCAGGGAGGUGCGCCGGUUUCUGGGCACGUACAGCGGCGGCCGCCGUUCCGUGUGCGUCCUGUCGGUGGACGCGCAGAUCGACGCCGACGGCCAUGGCGGACGGCCGACCGGGAAGAACUUCGGCCGCUACGACAGCGACGACUGCAGCGACAACGGCUCCGACCUCGACGAACCGUCGCUGGCCGUGUUCGUGCGCGCCGAGUGGACGGAUAUGGCGCGCCGGACGUUGGCGCCGAUGCCGUUCGUCCAGACGUUCCGCGUCCGGUGUCUGCGGGCCGCCGUCCACGGUUACCGGUUCAAGAUCGACAUCACAGUGGUCAAGACGAUGGUGGCCAUCAUCGAUGGUGGAAUCCAACCGCCGUUGCAGGGGCGCCAUCGACGGGCGGACGCCGCCGACCACAACCACGGUAACGUAUGA